AUGGCUCAACAUAAAAUGAAAAAAAAGGUAGCUUUACCAGCUGGUGCAAAAACAAAAAGUGGUAAGGUAAAAAAACCACAAGCAAAUAAGAGAGGUCUUAUGGCUGCACCAAAGAAACCACAUGCAGUAGCAGAUAUGAAGAUGGCUAGUAUUGUUACUCGUACAGUUAAUAAACGAAAUGAGGAUACGAUUAAACAUUUGAUAGAUAAGGAUCAGGGUCGUUUAGACACAAAACAAAAAAAAUCAGCUAAAAAAAAUAAAUAA